UUGCGGGGAGGGUCAGAAAGGUGUGCACACGUAUCUUCUUAGACAAGUGAUUUCAUUUUCAAUGCUUUUCUAACGCGUGUGUGGUCUGACGCAUUUUUAAAAGAGAAUUCGGAGUAUAGCACAUUAUUUCCGAUUAUCUAACUGCGUUGUGAGCACUUGGUAUACUUACCAAAAUACGUCGUAAUGUCUUUACCUUUCUCCCACGGCUUUUCAACUUUAAGGACUGUAAGUGUAUCUUCGGAUCAGUCGUCCAGCAGUUUGUCGCCUUCGGUUCAAUACGCCACGACCGAAGUCCCUGGGUUGGCAACCUACAAAACCGUGAGUUUACCUGUAUCUCCAGCUCCACUAUCCCAUUUGCAGUACAGUACAAAUGGAGCCGCUGUGGACGGUAAUAUGGUUUACGAGACUGUUCGCUACCUGGUCCCCGUUGAGAGAAGAGCUGCGCCAGAAUCCUACGUGCUCGUCAAUAGUGCUCCCCAAGUCAUAACCCAAGCAGUAUCGCCCGUAUACCUGCAAAACGUGCGGAGCUACAGCGUGAACAAUGUGGACGAAGUGGACAUUCACCGCCAGCAGGUCGUCGAAAUUGAGAACCUCAAUGGGAAGGCUCCAUCGGUGUUCAGCCAGGCCUCCAGCCCCACGAAGAGCCCUGAGCCAGUCGCCAAGGAGGUUGAAGUGGAGAGCAGUAAGGUGGAGGAGGAGAGUGUGGUGGAGACAGUGGUGGAGAGGGUGUCUAAGGUGCAGGUGAAGACUGAAGUUCCUCAGGUGGAGCCUGUGGCCAAGCUGGACACGCGAUUCUUUGGGGAGCUGCUGGCCGAGGUCUAUCGCAAGAACUGCGACAUUCACAGCUGCAUAUCUGAACAUGUGGCCAAGAUCCGAGGACGGAAACACCUCCUGGACCCAACCAUUGAUUACAAGGUGGACAGGGAAGAGGUGGAAGCCUUGAUUCCGAAGGGCAUGUCUGAACUUACCAAACAGCAGAUCCGCUACCUGUUGCAGACCCGCCUGACUGCUGAUAAGACCAUGCGACUCCUUCUCACCACCUUCAGCAGUCUGAGGGAGGAGCUGGUUCACCUGCAGGAUGACCUGAGGCGGCUAGAGAACGAGAAGGAGGAACUGGAGAAGGACCUGAGCUUCAAGGCUGACCAGGCCAUGCAGUAUGACCGGCUGCUGGAAGCCGUGCGUGAGAACAACAGGCAGCUGCAGGUCUCUCUGAAGGAGAGCAGCCUGGCCCAGCGCAGCCUGGAGAACCAGCUCCUGUCCACCCGCAGCACCGACUCAUCCCGUGAUUUCCGCAUCAAGGAGCUGGAGGGCAGUCUGAAGGCGCUACAGCAGGAGAACGAGAUGCUUCGGCAGAAGAUGGCGGGUCAGUGCAGCACUCUCACCCUCCAGACAAAGACAGAGGAGCUGUCCAAGCAGUACAAUCAAAUGCUGAGCUCACUGCGGGAGGAGAAGGACAAGGAGCUACAGAGUCUGAGGAGUCAGCUUCUCAGGAUUCAGACCGAGUACUCCACGGUGACGACGAAUGACAAUAGCCUUCAGCUGCGCAUCACUGAGCUUCUCACUAAACUGGAGCAGAGAGAGUCCAUCAUCAAACGACAGGAGGAGGAGAUUAGGCGACUUCAGCAAGAGAGGAGUGAGAGUUCCAAGAACAUCACAAAGACCGUCAUCACCAAAAAGUACAGGAACCAGUAUCCCAUCCUGGGCCUACUCAGCGAUGACUACCAGGCUUUGUCUCCAGUGAAGGAAGCAAAGACCAUCGUGAUUGAGAGGACAGGAGAGAUAUACAAACAGGAAAUCAUUACAACACCCUAAAGAAACUGCUUCUCUCUGACAGGAAUGAGCUACAAGAAGACCCCCGAAGCCAUGCCCUUCCCCUUCCCCACCCUCCCAGUCCUUCCCGAACCC